UCGGUUAUUUUUAUCCUCCGUAUCCCUAUCAGUUAUUUGAGGUUAUUGGAUAAUUUUGUUAAUUUUAUUAUCACGCCGUUGCAACGUAACAUAAUUCUCCAAAUUAGCCAAAAUGAGUACGGCCGGCAAGCCUAUUACAUGUAAAGCGGUAGUUGCAUGGGCCGCCAAAGAAGAUCUAAAAAUUGAAACUAUUGAAGUUGCGCCCCCAAAAGCCCACGAAGUUAGAAUAAAGAUCCUCUUCAGUGCUGUCUGCCAUACCGAUGCAUAUACUCUCAGUGGCCAAGAUCCUGAAGGUCUAUUUCCAGUAAUAUUAGGCCACGAAGGAGGUGGUAUUGUUGAAAGUGUUGGUGAAGGAGUAACAAAUGUACAACCAGGUGAUCAUGUUAUCCCCUUGUACAUCCCCCAGUGUGGUGAAUGCAAAUUCUGCAAGUCACCAAAAACUAAUUUGUGCCAAAAAAUUAGGGUCACUCAGGGCCAAGGAGUGAUGCCCGAUGGAACAUCUAGAUUCACAUGUAACGGGAAGCCUGUGUACCACUUCAUGGGGUGCUCAACAUUCAGUGAAUAUACAGUAGUUGCAGACAUUUCUGUCACUAAAGUUAAUCCCAAAGCACCACUUGAUAAAAUCUGUCUUUUGGGAUGUGGUGUACCCACAGGUUAUGGGGCCGCUUUAAACACCGCUAAAGUUGAAAAGGGCAGUACUUGCGCUGUGUGGGGUCUCGGAGCUGUCGGUCUUGCAGUGGGUAUUGGUUGUAAAGUAGCAGGAGCUUCCAGAAUUAUUGGUGUUGAUCUUAAUCCUGAGAAGUUCAACAUUGCUAAAGAUUUUGGUUUCACUGAAUUUGUUAAUCCCAAGGAUUAUGAACAGUCAAUCCAGGAAGUUUUGAUGUUAAAAACUGAUGGGGGUGUAGACUUCACCUUUGAGUGUGUGGGGAAUGUGCAAACCAUGAGAGCAGCUUUAGAAUCGUGCCAUAAGGGCUGGGGUGUUUCUACCAUUGUAGGGGUUGCAGGGGCAGGACAAGAGAUCAGUACUAGACCAUUUCAGUUGGUUACUGGGAGAGUUUGGAAAGGAACUGCUUUUGGAGGAUGGAAAAGUCGCGACAGUGUCCCAAAAUUGGUUGAAGAGUACCUCCAAAAUGACAAAGUUAUGUGUUUGGAUAAAUUUGUAACACACAAUUUAAAAAUGGAUGAAAUUAAUGAAGCUUUUCAUUUGAUGCAUAAGGGAGAGAGUAUCCGAACUGUUGUUGCUAUUUCUGAGGCUAAUUAAGAUGUUUUGAUGGAAUUUUUACAAGUAAGGGGUAACAAUUUAUUAUUUUUAUAACAUUUACUGGAGCCUAUGGGUUUUCUUUGUAACAAGAUAUCAAAUAAAGAAUGAUGAAUAUAUA